AGGGAGCGACGUCGCGCCAUGCUCAGGAAGUUUCUAAUGUGCGAAUCUUGAUAGAAGCUUAUGGAAGCUCGCUCUGAUCUGGCAAGUUGCGACAAUGUGCCAGGGCGGACGGAGGUGGGCGCCCGUGGGCCCUGGCUCCGCUGCCGCUCUGCAAGCGCAAAGAUUCAAGUGGGAUUCUGUCUCUCCAUCAAAUAUGCGCGUCCUUCUGGCUCAAGAAAGCUCUCGACCACAUUCGUGAAGCCUCGGGGUCUCGACUGCUGCCUCUUGGGGGCGGCUUUUGUGUUUGCUCCCUCUUUGGCGGCAGCGAAGAGAGGCGAUGGCUCGGAUCUAUGUGCAAAUGGGUUUUACGAGGUGAGCAUGAUUGGAGGAGGCACCUGCGGGUUGGGAAAUCAAGCUCUUCUCUUCUGAGCGCGAGUCUGAAAGCGUAGGAGGUAGGUGCAGGUGAGUGGACACGAGGGCCAUGAAGGGAGACUGACCGAGAUAGAACUAGUUCGCGUAGAACCAGUUCGCGUCUGGAGUUUUUGGGGCCCACAUUGUGGAGACUGCCACGCGGAGACCGGUCGUUUCUAUCUGUCGCAAAGGAGUAAUCUUCGGUGGACUCGAGUACGUACUUUCUCAUUAGGGAGCGUUGGUUUGCUGCAGUUAUGCAUCAUGUUUUUGUCUGUGGGCGCAGACAUUGUGUAGGUCGACUGGCUUGGGGGCUGGCAUCAAGAUGCCAGGAAUGCGGAAUGAUCAUCAUCUGCAAUAAGCUGCCUCCUCUCGCGUUCAUGAAUAUGGCGACAAAAAGAUCAAUUGGUUCAUGAGGUUGGAUCACGACCCCAUUAUUCGCACAAUAGUUUCUUAGUGGCAAGGGGCAAUUUGUGUACACAAGGCUUUUCGUGCUGUGAGUGAUUCUUUCGAACAUUGUGGUGAGGCACAUGCCUAUCUAGAAGCAGUCAACUGAUCUUCGUCCGCGAGCGAAGGAUUCAUGACAGUAUACAUAUUACAAGAAAGUCAUAUUUAUCAAG